AUGGUAUUCUCAUGGCUGCGACGAACCACAGAGCAUCCAGACGAGACAGAGCAGCAACCACUCCUCCCGCAAGAUGGUUGUCUUCAGGAGACAUCAGAGAGGAGUCUCUGCCUGGCAUCAUCUCCGGAAUUGAAGCACGAGGCACUCCAUCAUCCCGCUUUCACGGUCCUCAAACAGCUGGCUGUCAUGCUCAAUUUUUUCAUCUGUGGUGUCAUUGUGACGGGUAUUGGUGUCUUAUUGCCUGAGAUUGGCGCCUUCUACGGUCUCAAAGAUGGCACGACGGCACUUAUCUUCCCCACAGCAGUGACGGGCUAUGUCUGUUCCACCGUGGUGGUCGAGCUCAUCCAUGGCCGUCUCGGUCGGCGAGGGAUUGCAUUCCUCUCGCCCGCGAUCCGCCUGGUCGCAAUGUCUCUCCUAGCAACAGGCUCGUCCUUCCACGUCACCUUGGCCGGCUACUUCCUCGGCAGUUUCGGGAUAGGACUGUCGGACGCUGGGUUCUGUGCAUGGGCCACCAGCGUGCCUUACGCCAGCAUCGUCCAAGGAUUCAUGCAUGGAUCUUUUUCCGUGGGCUCCAUCCUAGGACCGCAAGUGGCGAAUUUGAUGUUGAAGAAAGGAUUCAAAUGGUUCGAGUUCUAUCGCAUGACGGGACUGCUCUUGGUCAUCGAACUCGUGGUCCUGGGUAUCGCGUUCCGUCUCGAUGACGCAGAUCACUAUUCUGCGAACCAUGAUGAUUCGGAUGAAGUUGAACCGCACAGCCAUAACGCUCUGACGCAUCGAGCGACCUGGAUCUGUGGCGCCUUCUGUUUCUUCUACGUCGGCCUUGAAGGCUGCUUCACUGACUGGAUUGCCGUCUACAUGCGCCGCGCGCGACACACCGACCCGACCACAUCCUCACUGGCCACUUCCAUGUUCUGGAUCGGCAUGUCCACAGGCCGCUUCACGCUCGGUCCGCUCAGCCAGUACAUAGGCGUCAGGAUGGCAGUUGCAGGAUACUUGCUGGCCUUGAUGGUUCUGCAGGUCCUGUUCAGACUCUUGACCAACGUCACUGCUUCGUUGCUUCUUGUGGCAGGUAGCGGCCUGUUCUGCGGGCCCAUCUUCCCUUCUGCAAUCUUGCUUCUGUCUCUCAAACUGCCCUCUCGUGCACAAGUCGGCGCGGUCGCAGCGGUGGGCGCCCUGGGCCAGGUGGGAGCGGGAAUCGCGCCUUUUGCAGUGGGCCAGAUGGCCGACAGCCUCGGCAUCAAGCACCUGCUCACCAUGAUUCUCGGCCUCUCCGCUCUGGCUCUGCUGGUCUGGGCCGUAUUUGCUAGACUGCCGAAGGCCACGUCAGAACUGCGACGGCAGUCUCUUGAAGAGAGGAAGCGUAUGUCGGUAUGA